AUGGUGCCUCGAUUUUUCAGUUGCUCGAAACCAGGCUGCGCAAAGCCCAGUGUGAGGGGUGUUGGGGGCUGUGACUUUUGCAAUCUUCAAUUUUGUGGCAUCCAUCGAUCUCUGCCUUCACACAAAUGUGGCGAUGUUUUGGAUGAUGCGACAUAUGUCGCGCAUAUCGUCGCCGAGAUUGAUCGCCUUCGAUCAAGAAUCAACGACGAAGCUGUUUGCGCUCUUGCAACAAGCUUGAAUGGUGGCAAAAGUUGCAGUAUUGAACACUCUUCCAGAGUCGGACCGGAUGCACUUAUGGGGAGCGCCAAUUAUCACGCCCGCAUUCGCUUCCACGAUGGUUCCCCUAACUGGCUCAUGAGAGUACCUCGAGUUACGAGUUGCGCAGUCGGUUUGCCAGAAUCAUUGGCCGGGUAUUUGAUACGCAGCGAAUACGCAACUUUGAAGUUCCUGGAAACCACUGCAGUACCUGCGCCUAGAGCUUUUGGUUUCGGCGUGCACGGAGUCGGCACCCAUCAUGGUGUUGGCCUCAGCUUCUUGUUGAUGGAAGAGCUCCCGGGAAAGUCUUGGCAAGGGGAUGGAAUUGACGGCAAACUAGCGAGUCAAGAAGACAAGGCUAGGGUUUUGGGAGGUUUGGCGGAUAUCUUGAUUGAACUUGCUGCUCACCCAUUCCCAAAGGCUGGAUCUCUCACACUCCAAGGCUCUGAUAUCCAAGUCUCGGCAGUGGCAAGCGAUAGGUUCGUUGUACUUUCUCCAGAGGGACCAUUUGACACAUCGUCAAGCUACUAUACUGCCUUUGCCGAGCAGUACCUAGCACUCAUUGCCGAUGGACAACUCUAUACCGAGUAUCCCGUCGAUGCGUACCUGGCAUACCGCUUUUUAAAAGACAACGCGGCGCAGCUGGCGGAGGAGAAGAAUGACCUUCACCAGGCCGAAGAGAAAUUUUACUUGAAGCACGUCGACGACAAAGGGGACCAUCUGCUAGUGGAUGACGACUUCAACAUUACCGGAAUCAUAGAUUGGGGGAUGGCACGCGUCGUUCCGUUUAACGAAGCAUUUAGUCCGUCGCUGGUGACGGCCGACAUGAGCUCUCUAUGCAACGGCGGGGGGUCGUUGAGCGACUAUGACGUUGCAUUAGCGCGCGUGAUGAAGGAACGAUGUUAUUCCCGGCUGGUCGGAUGCAUGGGCGACGACAAGGUCAGACGCUUCUUUUGGGGGUUGGCCUUGGAGCCCAAGUGGUCAUAUGCGCUGCCAUUGGCUAAUGCAAUACUCAGGGUCUUUGGGGUCGUUCAGGAAUGGACUGAGUGGAAAGAAGGGGCGCUGAAAGAGUAUAUGUCGGAUGAGAGACUUCAGGGUCUCCUUGCUCGAGCAGGAUCGGCAGUUCCUUGAUUGGGAGCCUAUUUUUUUUUUUUUGUUAGUUCCGCCAGAGUGGACUCUAAUCUAGUCCAACGUAGUCUAGACUCUGGUGGGUUCUUGUUGAUCAAGGCAGUUUAGUUGGGUAACUCAGAUCGGUACCUAGCCUCCAAGACUCUUGUUCUGG